AUGUUAUAAUAGAUUAAAUAUUACAACAUAUUAGAAGAAUUUUUAAACUCUUCACUUUUAUCUCAUGAGGUUCUUCAUAUUGAUCUAAAUUUCAAUUAAAUUGGUGAUGAUAGUGCAUCAGGCUUAGGUUCUUCUUUAGCAAAGUGUAUUUAUCUCUAAAAAUUGACACUUGACCUUAGUUUGAAUUAAAUUGGUGAUGGUGGUGCAUCAAGCUUAGGUUCUGCUUUAGCAAAAUGCAUAAAUCUCUCAAAUUUGACUCUUGACCUUUAUGGCAAUAAAAUUGGUGCAAUAGGUGCAUAAGGCUUAGGUUCUGCUAUAGCAAAAUGCAUGAAUCUCUCAAAUUUUACACUUUAACUUUAUUCCAAUUAAAUUGGUGCAGUUGGUGCAUCAAACUUAGGUUUUGAAUUAUCAAAGUCCAUUAAUCUCUCAAAUUUGACACUUUACAUUGGUCCCAAUUAAAUUGGUGCAACAGAUGCAUCAAGCUUGGGUUUUGAAUUAUCAAAGUGCAUUAAUCUCUCAAAUUUGACACUUGACCUUAAUUCCAAUUAAAUUGGUGAGGAUGGUACAACAGGCUUAGGUUCUAAUUUAGCAAAGUGCUUUAAUCUUUCAAAUUUGACACUUUUCCUUAAUUCCAAUUAAAUUGGUGCAAAAGGUGCAUCAAACUUAAUUUCUGAAUUAUCAAAAUGCAUUUAUCUCUCAAAUUUGACACUUGGCCUUAAUGGCAAUAAAAUUAGUGCAAUAGGUGCAUCAGGCUUAGGUUCUGCUUUAGCAAAGUGCAUAAAUGUCUCAAAUUUGACACUUAACCUUGAUUCUAAUUAAAUUGGUGAUGAUGGCGCAUCAGUCUUAGGUUCUGAAUUAGUAAAGUGCAUUAAUCUCUCAAAUUUGACACUUUACCUUUAUGACAAUUAAAUUGGUGAUUCAGGUGUAUCAGGCUUGGGUUCUGCUUUAGCAAAGUGCAUUAAUCUCUCAAAUUUGACACUUGAUCUUCAUUCGAAUUAAAUUGGUGAUGAUGGAGCAUCAGUAUUAGGUUCUGAAUUAGAAAAGUGCAAUAAUCUCUCAAAUUUGACACUUUACCUUAAAUAAAAACAAUUUAUUUGUUUUGGAUUGUGA